AUGAGCACCGAAACUAAUAUAUCAGGAGGCUAUGGUCUCUGUCCCGCAUGUGGUAAACAAAAAACAUCUAUUAAUUGGUGCCCGCCAUGUCAUGCGGAUUUGCUGCUUAAAGAACAUUCAGGAUGGACGAGUGGUGAUAAGAACCUGGAUGAUUUUAUCAAAAAAACUAUUACCGAUGCGCGACGCUCCUAUGAUUAUUUAGAAUGGAUUCCGUUUGAGAAUUUCAAGGUAAUCAAACAAAUAGGGAGAGGUGGAUUUGCCACCGCUUUUUUAGCGAACAGAACUAAUUGUCGGACAGGUCAUUUCGAAUGGGAUGAAAAGGCCAAGAAAUAUUUCAGAGGGAAAUAUAAAGAUUAUCGCGUUGCUCUGAAAUCCUUCCAUAACACUCCUGACAUAGCCUCAACGUUCCUCAAUGAGAUAAAAACCCACCAUAAAUGCAUGAUGUUGCAAGAAGACGAAUUCCUCCAAUGCUAUGGGAUCAGCCGGAAUCCGGUAACGAAGGAAUUCAUCACUGUUUUAGAUUAUGCGCAACAAGGUGACUUGCGCCAUUUCUUGCAAAAAAAUCAUGAGACCCUGAAGUGGGAGGACAGGUUACGUAUCGUGACCAAGAUUGCCAAAGACUUGAAAGUUAUCCAUAGCACUGGACUUAUCCACGGUGACUUUCACAGUGGAAAUGUGCUGCAAGAAUCGACAAUCCCUAAAGUGUCUGAUUUCGGGCUGUCGCGUGUGGAUAAAGAUCAUAUCCCAGAAGGUGGCGUCUUUGGGGUUGUUCCUUAUAUUGCUCCGGAGGUUUUGCGCGGAAAUUCAUAUCGCAAACCUGCAGAUGUCUACAGCUAUGGAACUAUUAUGUGGGAAAUUUCCUCCGGUAGACCAGCAUUCUACGAUAUUGCGCAUGACUAUCGACUCAUAGCUCAAAUUUGUAAUGGUACUCGACCCCAAAUUAUCACGGGUACUCCAAAAUGUUAUGCUGAACUUAUGCAAAGGUGCUGGGAUGGAGAGCCGGCAAAGAGACCUACGGCAGAAGAGAUUUAUGACACUUGUCUUAAAUGGUAUAAUUAUGCCAAAGAGCAGAAAUCCGAUAUUUAUCAACAAUUUGCAAAAGCUGACGCGAUAGCAAUAACUAGGGAUCGGGCAAUCCUAAAAAAUAAUCCUGAGGCUAUCUAUACUAGUAGACUUAUUCACUAUGUCACCAAAAAACAGGAUUCCUGUAAUGAUACCAGACAACAGGAUCUCUAUAUUAAUACCAGCUUACAGAAUCUCUGUAAUGAUACUAGGCAACAGGAUCUCUAUUUAAAUGACAUGACCGAAUAA